AUGAACUCUCUUGCCGGCCACAUCUUUGUCCUCUCCACCUUGGUUGCAAGUACUCUCGGCCAGACUACGCGUAAUUACAAUUGCGCCAGACAGCCGACCAUCUGCACGAACAUCUGUUAUUACCAAACCUGCGUUCAGCCCGGCAACGAUGUCUUCAACUACGACCCCAACGGUGAUGCCGACCAGAAACGUGAGGACUCUGGAGUCACCCCUAAUCCGUCAAGUCGCGAGCGCCCUUGUCUGGGUCUUGUAGAUGGAGGACCGGGUAUGGAGACUGACGAAUUCCCCUUUGCAAGCAUGGCCGAGGGCGGUGAUGGCGCGACUCUCAUCUGUGCCAGUGGAGCCGAGCAACGUUCGCAAGGUGGUGUUCUUCGCCAGUUGUAUCGCCCACUCAAUGGAAACGGCGAACAGUUUCGCCUGGCUCUUACCAACACCAACGGAAUGCAAGUACAACCACUGAACCUGCACGCUACUGGUUGUAACGGCAAAGAGUUUCCGGGCUUCCGAUUCUUCCAGGAUGAUGGCAUAUACUGCCAAUGGGAUAUCGAUAUCCCUCAAGAUGAACAGAUUGUCUGCGUCAAUGCAGAUGAUGGCUCUCUCGUGGAUCCACCCGCGAAGCUUCGCCUCCGGGCAGAAGAGGCUCCUCAGGAGAUGAACUGGACCAAUCUGCUUCACGUUAGAGACCCCGAGUUGGUCAAGCGGUUGGCGGCUGGAGAGCCUGUUUCUAUUCCUUUUGAAGGGUGA